GUCACGGUCCGUUUACACCACAUCCAGUUCUGCUUUUACUUCAUUCUUUUUACGCUUCUUGCAUAUUUCUGUUUGCGAGCGCGGCUCUUUCGAAUUGAUGCUAACUUUGGUUUUUGGUAGGCAAAUUUGUUGCUUUUUUGCAGACUCUGCGGCAUGUCCGGCGGGAGACGCGAGAAAAGACUCGGAUAUUGAACCUUUCAUCUCUCACAGAAGAUAUCCACAUGAAAGAAGAGAUACCAAGUCUUCCAAAGAACUGGAACACCAAACUUAUGACACAAUUACCAGAAAUAAAGCAAAUUAGCUUCAUUUCAGCCCCGCCAUAUCAGCAACAAUCGAAGCAUGCCAUGCAAAAUCUGUGCAAAGAAAUUUGGUUCGGCUCUCCAAGGCAAUCUCUCCUGGCUCUUGAACUGCAGCGUUGCGAGGCUCUAGAUGGACAUAAGCUUAACACGAUGAUUGGGCUUUACCGUAAUUUGCGGGUUCUCGACAUAUCUUUUAUACUGAAUGGGUCUGCCGCCAAAAAUCGAGAAUUUUUAACAAACCUGAGCGCUCCACAGACUUUUCCAUGCCUACGAGUUCUGAGAUUUGCACAUAACCGGCUGACCGACCGGGGAUUUUGUAUCCUAGCUGAAGGCUUACGUACAAGGCUAUAUAGCCUAGAUGUUUCUGGGAAUGCACUAACCGAUGGCAUUGUCCCAUUGCUACUUAGCCGGUUCUUCCACCGAGGUAAUAAUCGUAUUCCACCGGCUAGAAGGAUUGAGGUGGACGGAGCCGGGGUCGAGACCAAGUCUGAAACAAAAGGAGAUCCUGAGCUGUCACGAGUUGCUGCGGAUGAUGAUGAAUUUUCUAGCCUUCCAAUACCGGAAACGAUCUCUGACUGGGUAAAGUAUUUUGACUCCGGAACAACAAGUCUAGACAAGUCAUAUAAGGGGGGCCUUCGUUGUCUCUUUGUUGGAAGUAACAACAUCACCGUCGAAGGAAUGAAUGCCAUUCUCGGCGAAACUCGACUGCGAAUGCUUCAGUGCGGGAGACUAAAGCUGCCACAACAUGGCAAACGACCAGGAAGUCUCGGUAAUGAAGAGGCAAUGGCAAUGGAAGAUCUCUAUAGAUCCUGCAUGUCCCUCAAUGGUAACCUAUGGGGGAACUUGCGAUAUCUGAAAUUGCAUCAUGCAUACAUUACUGGCGACAGCGAACUGCUUGACGACGCACCCAAACCGCAACGCUUCCGUGAUUUUGGCGGGCUUUCAUGGUGGCCAGAGUGGUCAGCGUCCAAGAAGAUUCCAAUUAUCCGACCUCGGGCCAGAUGGGACGAGCUAGAGAAUCUUGAAGUGCUCACAUUAGAGUGGAUCCCGAGUUUUAGCCGCAGAGGCUAUAUGACGAAGGCUUUGCUGCAAUUUCUCCGAGACCUGGCACAGGCUGAGAAACACGGUCGCGAUGAAUGGGAAGACGAAUUGCUAGAUGAGUUUUUCAGCAACGAGGAUUAUAGUGGAAAAGAAGGUUCGGAUCCAGACAACCCGUCGAGCAAACGCCAAAGGAGAAACUCUGCUGGAAGUUGGGUCAGCGUCAGCGAGUCUGACGAUUACCCCACUGAUCAACAGUUCCGAGAAUGGGCAAAAAAGAGAGGUGGAAGAGCAUUUGGCUCGUCUCUUAAAGAGCUCAGACUCCACAUUUCGCUCCACGAUGAUGAUGAGAGUGACAUUGAGGAAGACGACGAUACAUUGGAUGACAUGUACGACCCGAGCUGGGUGAGCGAGGAGUUCCUUGAAGCCAUUGGUUCCGACGACUGGAUGUGGGAAUCUUAUACACGGCUACGAGACCGGUCACUGGAAAAUGAUCCCGCAAUUGAUAAAGCAUUUAAAGAAGCUGCCCGGUGGGCAAAGCGGCACGAUAUGCAAGAUCUCAUCCAUGCCUUAUGGGCGCAUCGCAGUUUUACCCGGUCAGAGGCGGAGCUUGCUGCUCGUCAUCGCAAAGACGGCACUUCAGGUAAAGCCUCUGGUCUUAUUUCUGACUUGAUACCUCACUGGUCCGGUCGCGUUGUUAUCAAGCCACCGAGGGUCGUUGAAGAAGAUGAUUUAUGGAAACAUAAACGACUUGUAGUUUAGCUGUGUGGAUAUAUACAUUGUCCAGCUCAUGUGAGUUGGCGUUACAUGGCAUUAUAUACAAGACUGGCGAACACAUGCUUGUUUAGACUAUUUAUUUCCGGUGGCCAUGGAGAAGAGUCAAUCAGUUUCUUAUCAGCGCAGAAUGCGCAUUCUUUCGUCAUACAAUUCUAGCAUCGUAGAUAUCAUGCCGGAAUAUCUUUCCGCCAAACCUCUGAAACUAGCAGAUCAAAAUUUUACAUGUCCCACUAGAUUUGCGGGAGAUUUCGUCUCGUCAUUAAUUCUGCCUCUCGU